AUGUAUAAAUAGCUUAAAGUUUUAGAUUUGUCUAGAAUUUUAGUUGGACCAUAUGCAACAAUGCUUCUUUCAGAUUUAGGUGCUUAAGUAAUAAAAGUAGAAUCAUUUGAAGGAGAUGAAACUCGUAAAUGGGGACCUCCAUUCUUGAAUAAUUAAAGCACAUACUUUUUAUCAAUAAAUCGAAGCAAAUAAUCAAUUUGCGUAGAUUUGAAGAAAGGAAAUUCGUUUAUAAAAUAAUUAGCUCAGCAAUCUGAUAUAUUAGUUGAGAAUUUUACAUAUGGAGUCAUGGAUAGAUUAGGUCUAGGUUAUGAUGAAUUAUCAAAAAUAAAUCCAAAAUUAAUAUAUGCUUCUGUUAAUGGGUUUGGAUCAAAUAAUAAUGAGCCAGGAUUUGAUUAUAUAAUGUAAGCAGAAACUGGUUUUAUGCAUAUAACAGGUGAAAAAGAAAGAGAACCAAUGAAAGUGGGUGUAGCCAUAAUUGAUGUAUUAACAGCUUUGAAUCUUUGUAAUGGUAUAUAAGGUGCGUUAUAUGAGAGAAUUCAGUCAGGUAAAGGAUGUCAUAUUUAGACAUCAUUAUAUGAGAGUGCAAUAGCUAGUCUUGUAAAUGUAAGUGGUAUGUAUAUAAAUGGGAAAAAAGAUAUGCAUAGAAUGGGGAAUCAACAUCCAUCUAUAUCUCCUUAUGGAACAUUUAAAGUGAAAAAUAAAUAUGUUGUAAUAGGAGUGGCAUAAGAUAAUUAAUUCAAAUCUUUGUGUAAAAUCUUAAAUCUUAAUCAUUUGAUAAAUGAUCCAGAAUUUAAAGAUAAUAAAGGAAGAGUUUAAAAUAGUGAAAGAUUAAAGAAAAUGAUAGAAGAGGCUCUAGAGAAUUGGGAUGUAGAUAAAUUGAUAGAUGAAAUGAAAAAGAAUAAGAUUCCUGUAGGAGAUGUUAAAUCAGUUGGUCAAUGUUUAGAUAGUUAACAUGCAAAGGAUUUAAAUAUGAUUUUAGAACUUGAGAAUGGAGAGAAAGUAAUUAGAAAUCCACUUAGUUUUAGUAAUAUAAAUUUGGAUUAUCCAAAAUAGGCGCCUUAUUUAAAUGAACAUAGAGAUUAGAUUUGUAAGUAAUUUGGUAUUAGAAAUGUUGAUGAAUUGAUAAAAGAUGGAAUAUUGAAAUGAUAAUUUGGCGGUAUUUUAUAUUUUUUAU